UCUGUUCUAUUUUCAGGUAUUUGCAUCUUGGGUUGCGUUAAACUAGAAUGUAUAGUAAUUCCUGCUGAACUCGGCGACAGAUGUUUCUCCUGCAGUGUAUAUAAAUUAGUGUUUAUAGUGUACCAAUACUCGCAACAAUUGCUUAUAUACAGUGAAAUACCUUCAAUCGGCGAAAUGCACAAUAAUUAUAUGGAACAGUUCCAUAAUUUGGGCGGAAAAACGUUGGGAGAGCAUCAGCGUAAUUUACGUAAAUAUUGUGUAAACGUUUCCGGUUUACCGAAAGCUGAGAUUGACGCUUUGCUAGAGGCUAUUAAUCCGAAGAAUCACCAGGAAGAUAUAUUCUACACGAAGCUAUUGCUUCAGUUUCAUAAGAACGAGAAAAUUCUGCAUGUUUUUACGAAUUGCAACAAGGUUUUGAAUCGGAUCAUCGUGAAGGAUAAAAAGUUUAUUGGAUUUAUUGCUUCGAUUGGGGCGACUGCAUUUGUGGAUGAACUUUGUCCGAAGAUAUCGUACGUUGAUAGAAGUAUAGUCAUUAAUAAGUUGGGUUUGUUUUUGGAGAACGGCGAUGAUUUCUUUGAGGCGGUUAAAGAGAAGUAUGGAUUGGCCGCUGCAAUCAGAUUGCUUCCGACGUGCAAAGAAGAACUUAUCAAGCAGCAUAUUGCCGAUUAUAACAUUGAUUUCAGCGACCGCGAGCUGAUCAGGUUGCAUAAGAAGUAUCCGAACUUUUUGAAGUAUUAUUUCGAAGUAGAUGAAUACAAGCAACUAAACUCUAAAGUUAUGCUUGUGAAGUAUUUAGUUAAUAACAAUAUGGAUACGUUCAUGACUCUUACUUCAGAUUUUUCAUAUCAUAGUUUAGGUAGAAAGGGAUUCCUCAAGCUUUUGCGACACGACAAGAAGUUUGUUAUUGAACAUCCCAGCAAUUUUAACAAAUACAUAAGUUGCAUUUACCGACAUUUGGAUGAAACUGAUUAUCGGCAAUUUAUGAAGAAUUUGUUUCCAAAAAAUAUAGAAGAGCUGUAUUGGAUGGACGGAAUUUUUAGAUGCUUCAAAUUAUUACCAAUCGAUAAACGAUGUCGGCAAUUCUGCGAUAUUUACAAGGAGAUUUACAGCGUCGAAUACACAACGUUCGAUUCCAAUUUGAUGGAGAUGAUCAGCACCGAGGACCGCCUUAAGUUCGAUUUAGAAGAAAAUUGGGAGUUUUACCCUUUGAAGGAAGCUUUUGAACAAAUUAAAUAUAGAAUCGAUUUAGCGCACGAAAUUAAUGCGAGAAGUACGUUGUUGUACACGUUAGUUCGAGCGUGUAAAAUUAAUAAAGAUGACGAUGCUCUGCUGGAAGUCUUGAAAUACUUCUGCUCCAAGCACAAGAACGACACGAUCGACGUUAGGAAAAACUUUUUAAGAAGUUUGACCAGCAACAUCAAUUUGCUUAAACUGAGCGAUGAGCAUUGGAAGUAUAUAAACGAGAUUUUAUUGAUUUUUGAAGUAAACGGAGACUCGUAUUUCGAUAAUGCGACAUUUUUAAAGUCUCAGAUACUUAUCAAGGCGAACAAGGGUGAGAAUUGCGACAAGGAAUUGGUGAAGUUAUUGAAGGAGAUUGGAGUGAACGGGGAUUGGAGAUUGUUGAGAAACUAUCCAGCCGAAGAGCGUAAAUGUUUAUUGAGAUAUCCUAGCCUUUGGCACAAAACUAACUUUAUGCAGGAGGGUUCAGCUUCCAUAAAGUUCUUGGAAACGAUAAGUGAUUUUAACAAAAAUUAUCCCAAUCACGAAAUUUCCUAUUACGCCUAUCCAAGAAUACUCGACUCUUUCUUUGAUAAAGUUGAGAAAUCUGAUGACCAAAAGAAACAUGCGCACCUAAUAAAUAUCAUUUUAUGCUACAUUUCAAAAGAACGGGAAGAAGUAGCGUUGCGUGAAAGAUUGCUGAAGGAUUUCAUUAAUAACAGUAAAAAUUUCGUCACUGAAACUCUGUACGUGUGGGUAUUGAAAUAUCGUCCUGAAUGGAUAUGUGUGGAAGCCAGUAACAUAUUGUUGAAAACAAAGAAGUUACCGAAAUUCUAUUACGAGAUUUCCAAGAUGCACUAUAACGGAGUAUCUGAUGUGUUCAAGGAUGCUGCCAUGAAGAUUAUAGACGAUCCAAAUAAAAUUGAAAUGGUUCCGAAAUUGAUAUUGAGUUUAUCAUAUUACCCAAAUUACUUGGAUUUGAUUCAAAAGUACGCACCUGAUUCAGAUUGCAAAAUUGAUUUAUAUUCUUCCGGUAUCAAAAUCGUGCUGAGCAUACAGAAAACUAUAUUGAAGUCGCUUAAAAAUACGUUCAAACAAUCCGAAAAUAUUCCAACAAUCUUGCAUUACUCGAACGGAGAUUACUUGCAGUACACUUUGGAACCGAUGUAUAGAACACUUUAUCAUUCACCUCAGAAUCUUUUGGAAGAAACGUUGAAAAUGAUUUCAGCUAGAUCGGUUUCCGUUAGAAAACAUUACAUUUACUUAAGCACCGUUUUGCUUCCAAUGUGCAAGAUCGAGGAGUGCCUGAAAGAAUGCGGUUCAAAGGAAAAGAACACUUCUGUAAAGAAAUUCUUGUUCAAGUGUAAUUAUUCGUGUUUCGUCAAUAAUCCCACGUUGGAACUGUUCGAGUUAUUCAAGACACAUUUAGCACUAGUUGAUAAAAAGGAUACGGAGAGCACGGAAAUGAUUUUCCAAAUAAAUGGUAUUGCGAAGAAGUACUUUGUUGAGUACGUUUUGCUGUUGUGGAACUACUCGAAAUCAUCGAUGGAAAAUGAAAAAUUUAGAAUUCCCAGUUAUUUUACUAAAAAUAAUAUCGUCUCAUUUCCGGAUGAUUUCUUCUGCGAGAUUAUCGAAGAGUGUCUCUUUCAUCCCAAAAAUAAUUGUUCUUAUACAAUACCCUCGUUCGUUUACAAUUACAUCACAUGUAAACCGAAUGCUGCGCAGAUCGUAAUCGAAAAGAUAGGCAAGAGCAUGGAAAAUGUCGAAAAACAUGUGAGUUUAUCUCUAUUUCAGGAAAUUUGCGAGAAGUUACUGCAAGAGAAAGACAAAGAAAAAGCUGCUGUCUCUUCGAAAAAGGUUCUGGAUGCGCUUAUCAGUAGUUCAUUCAGCAACUUCGAAUUCGAAGUUUUAUUAAAAUUCACGAAUCAUUUGCUCCAUAACGACUACAAAACGCUUCCUCUCUUCAUCAUUGAGCAACAGAAGAAGUACAUGGAUACAUACGGUCCGGAGAUUUGCGUGCAUUACUCAAAAAUCACGUUCAACGCUUUGCAGUUAAUCCACAACUCGAUGGAGGCAAACACAAACGAUUUAAAUUAUGAGCUUAUUAACCGUUUGCUGGAAGAAUCGUCUUCAACGCACGUGAAGUUGUUGGUUGCUUUUAUUUUACCGCCACCGCCGAAGAAAAACGUGUUGCACGCGAAACACCACGAGGCUAUUAAAAAGCACUUGCUGAAAGAUUCAAAUCCGCUUUUAAAAAUUUUCUUGGACUGUAACACAUCGAUGUUCUGUUAAUUAAUUUGUUAUUAUUUAGUAUAUAUUUUUAUAAAUAGUUUAUAAAUAAAAUAUUUG